UCAGGAACCAUGACUUCCAAAUCCACCGUGAAGAGCCAAAGCAGCAGCUGCCGUGUCUUCAGUGCCGGCUCAGCCAGAGUCCCUGGGGUCAGCCACUCUGGCUUCAGCAGCGUGCCCGUGUCCCACUCCAGGGGCAGUGGUGGGCUCGCUGGAGUGGGUGGAGGAGCUGGCUUUGGCAGCCGCAGCCUCUAUGGCGUGGGGGGCUCCAAGAGGAUCUCCCUCGGAGAGGUCGGCUGUGUCUACCGUGGUGGAUAUGGCGGCAGCGCUGGAGGCGGCUAUAGCGUUGGAGGUGGAGCUGGGAGUGGAUUUGGUUCUGGCAGUGGAGCUAGUGGUGGUUUUGGGCUCGGUGGUGGAGCUGGCUUUGGUAUUGGCUACUGGGGCCCUGGCAUACCCGUCUGUCCCCCUGGAGGCAUCCAAGAGGUCACCAUCAACCAGAGUCUCCUGACUCCCCUCAACCUGCAAAUUGACCCCACCAUCCAGCGAAUCAAGACUGAGGAGCGGGAACAGAUCAAGACCCUCAACAACAGGUUCGCCUCCUUCAUCGACAAGGUCCGAUUCCUGGAGCAGCAAAACAAGGUCCUGGAAACCAAGUGGACCCUGCUGCAGGAGCAGGGCACCAAGACCGUGAGGCAGGACCUGGAGCCUUUGUUCGAGCAGUACAUCUACAAUCUCAGGACACAGCUGGACAGCCUUGUCACGGAGAGAAGCCGCCUGGACUCCGAGUUCAGGGGGAUGCAGGACACUGUAGAGGACUUCAAGAAGAAAUAUGAAGAUGAAAUCAACAGGCGCAUGUCAGCAGAGCAUGAAUUUGUGAAUCUGAAGAAGGAUGUGGACACUGCUUACAUGAAUAAGGUUGAACUAGAAACCAAGGCAGACGCUCUCAUAGAUGAGAUCAACUUCCUCAGAGCCCUCUAUGAAGCAGAACUGGCUCAGAUGCAAACCCACAUCUCAGACACGUCUGUGGUCCUCUCCAUGGACAACAACCGCACCCUGGACCUGGACAGCAUCAUCGCUGAAGUCAAAGCGCAAUAUGAGGUGAUCGCUUGCAGGAGCCGGGAAGAGGCUGAGUGCUGGUACAAGUGCAAGUACGAGGAGCUGCAGUUGACGGCGGGCAGACACGGGGACGACCUGCGCAACACCAAGCAGGAGAUCACUGAGAUCAACCGCAUGAUCCAGAGGCUGAGAUCUGAGAUCGACCACGUCAAGAAGCAGUGCGCCAACCUGCAAUCCGCCAUCGCCGAUGCUGAGCAGCGUGGGGAGCUGGCCCUCAGGGACGCCAAGAACAAGCUGGCCGAGCUGGAGAACGCCCUGCAGAAGGCCAAGCAGGAUAUGGCGCAGCUAGUGAAGGACUACCAGGAGCUCAUGAAUGUCAAGCUGUCUCUGGACGUGGAGAUCGCCACCUACAGGAAGCUGCUGGAAGGCGAGGAGUGCAGGCUGAAUGGGGAAGGCGUUGGACAAGUCAACAUCUCCGUGGUACAGUCCACCGUCUCCAGUGGCUAUGGCGGUGCCGGCGGUUCCACCGUCUCCAGUGGCUAUGGCGGUGCCGGCGGUGUCAGCGGCGGCUUAGGCCUGGGCGGAGGCGGUGGCUACUCCUACAGCAGUGGUCACGGCAUUGGAGGUGGCUUCAGUUCCGGAGGUGGCUUCAGUUCCGGCAGUGGCAGAGCCAUAGGGGGUGGCCUCAGCUCCUCCGGGGGCAGCAGUUCCGCCAUCAAAUACACCACCACCUCCUCCUCCAGCAGGAAGGGCUACAGGCAUUGAACACCUGCCAUGGGCUCGGGGUCCCACAGUGUCUCAGGCUCCCUCUCCAGCUUCACUGCCCUUUCCUCCAGUUGCUUCCUCUCUCCUGCUUCUUUCUUCUCUUACUCCUUGAGCUCGAACUGAAGUUGCUGAGUGCCCUCAUGUCCUCUCCGCCAACACCUGCCGCAUCUGAGCUUCCAUUGCUCACCAUCGGAAGGUCACUGUCUGGGUCCUACUCCAGAACAGGGCAAUGCCCCUAGCUUUCCACUGGCCCAGUAUGUCCCAUCUCACAGGUGUUGUGUUCCUCCCUUGCAGCGAUCAUGAAAGCACAAGUGACUAGUUCUAUGAUGUACGGGGGUCUCUAUCCCUGUGAUGCUUCCUCUGCUCUUUGCUCACUUGGAUUGCUAAA